UGCCCAAUGGGAAUAAUGAUGACGAUAUUACAACCGUGCUCGUUUAUACCUUCAAAGAAAGCAAAUCAUUCUAUAAAACGAAUUGAAAACAUUGAGCUACCAACUGUGAUGAUAAAUAGAUCGAGCCAACUAUAAGUUAUUGUGACAAGUCACACGUUUGAUGUGCCACAGUGGCAAUUUAUAAAAAUGUACCAGAUUUUUGGUUACCGAGUCAUACGUGGCAAUUCUUAUCUGACAUUUAAAUAGAGAAGAUUGUAUCGAAUCCCCUCUGAGUGUUAAUUAUUACUUAUUCGAUCUCUGAUAAGUAAAUUUGAGCAUACACCAUAUCCAGAAAUUGGACAGUUACUAAGUUAUGCCUGAGAAGAAGAAAAAACUUGACACGAUGCGAGCUUUAAUUUUGGUCGGUGGUUAUGGGACUAGAUUACGCCCACUUACGCUAAGUCGGCCCAAACCUCUGGUUGAAUUUGCCAACAAACCAAUGCUUUUACAUCAAAUAGAAGCUUUGGUUGAGGCAGGAGUAACGGAAGUAGUGCUUGCUGUGUCAUACAGAGCUGAGCAAAUGGAGAAAGAACUUGGCGAAGAAGCAAAAAAGCUUGGGGUUAAUUUGAUAUUUUCACACGAAUCAGAGCCUUUAGGAACUGCCGGUCCUCUUGCCUUGGCUCGAGAUGUAUUGAGUGCCAGCAACGAUCCAUUCUUUGUCCUCAACUCUGACAUAAUAUGUGAUUUUCCAUUCAAAGAGUUGGUUAAUUUUCACAGAAAUCAUGGCAAGGAGGGUACAAUUGUUGUUACUAAAGUUGAAGAACCAUCUAAGUAUGGCGUUGUUGUGUACGGAGCAGGUGGUAGAAUUAACAGUUUCAUCGAGAAACCCCAGGAAUUCGUUUCCAACAAAAUUAAUGCUGGAAUGUACAUCCUGAAUCCAAGUGUUCUGAAUCGGAUCAAAUUGCAGCCUACUAGCAUAGAGAAAGAAGUGUUCCCUGGCAUGGCUCAAGAUGGGGAAUUGUAUGCCAUGGAACUACAAGGUUUUUGGAUGGAUGUUGGACAGCCCAAAGAUUUUCUCACUGGUAUGUGUAUGUACUUGGCAUCUCUGAGACAAAAAUCGCCAGAAAAAUUGUAUUCGGGACCAGGAACGGUAGGUAACGUACUUGUUGACCCUACAGCUAAAAUUGGGGAAGGCUGCAGGAUUGGUCCAAAUGUCACUGUGGGACCAGGAGUGAUCCUUGAAGACGGCUGUUGUGUCAAAAAAUGUACCUUGCUGAAAGGGGCAACAGUCAAAGAGCAUGCUUGGCUUGAAGGAUGCAUUGUCGGAUGGAGAAGUGUGGUUGGACGAUGGGUUCGAAUGGAGGGUACAACUGUGUUGGGUGAAGAUGUGAUAGUUAAAGACGAAUUGUACAUCAACGGUGGACAAGUAUUACCUCACAAAAGUAUAGCCACUUCAGUGCCCGAACCUCAAAUCAUCAUGUGAUCUAUCUUAAAUUCGUAUAGGAAGUCCACGGAUUACAACUGCAGCCAUUGUCAUAUAAUGGGUGCAUGAUCCUCUAUACUUAGCUAAAGCACGCAGCAUUUCUGGUUCUACCGAUGUUUGGCAGGGUCUUGAUUCAGAUAGAGACAUUGUU